AAAAAUUAAUUUAAAAGUUAAAACCUGGUAAAGCGCCACGAAUUCAGGCCUAAAAGUUUUAUUGUUUUUGUUGUUAUAUAACUUGUAAAUGUUGAAAAUUCUGUUUACCUAAAUCUAUUUCUAUGCAUUGAGAUGGAGGGAGUUGAUAUGGAAAGAAAGAGAUCCUCUGUUUCAAUUUCUGAAUAUAAGUGUGAUCUUUGGAAGAAUAAAUGUGAAAUAAAUCUUCCACUGUCUUUAGUAUCAGACGAGAAUUUGACUAAGCCUCUUGGUUUCAAUGUAAAGGAUAAACAGGAGAACAAAUACAGUUUCAACAUAGAAGGAACAAAUAUAGUCAAAAACAUUGUCAAAGACCUUGUGAGUGAAAAUCAUGUACCCAAGUUCCUGCCAGAAUGUAAAGUUGUGCUUACACGACUCAAAGAAGAAAACUACAAGAUUGAAGAGCCUGUUAAAGAUUGCAGUGACCACUGUCAGUCUGUGGAUAAUGAAGGACUCCUUCCAGACAAUGACAGCAACAUAGGUGCCUUGGACAGUGAUAGCAUUGCUGCACCCAUUGAUUUGCCUCAAGUACCUGAUGAGCAUAUCUUGAAUAACAAAACAAACAAACUGUUUACAUGUUCUGAAUGUGAAAGGACGUUUACCAGAAAAAAUGCUCUCAAUAUGCACAAAUUAAAUCACAAAGGUAUAUUUUUCUCGUGUGACUUGUGUAAUAAACUCUUCAGUGUAAAAACCUCUUUCCUACGUCACAAAUACACACAUCACAGAGAAGUGAAACAAAAGCAUCAUGAGUGUAGUACGUGUAAAAAAGUUUUUAAUGAAAAAGGCCGAUUGGUUGUUCACCAACUCAUUCAUACCGGCAUUAAACCUCAUAAAUGUGACAUUUGUGAGAAAGCAUUUAUUCAAAAAUGCACUCUGAGGAGACAUCUAUUCACACAUUCUACUGCAAGAAGACCAUUUGCUUGUGAAAUAUGUGAUAAAUCGUUUAUUCAAAAAUGUCAACUCUUACAGCAUAUAAAAUCCCAUACCAGAGAAAGGGAAUUUGUUUGUGACAUUUGUAAGAAAGCUUUCUCAGGAGAGAUAUCUUUAAUAAGACAUAAAAUGUUACAUGAUAGGGUAAAGAAUUUUGGAUGCGACAUUUGUCACAAAUAUUUUGCGACAAACGCCCUUUUGAAGCUGCAUCAAAUGCAACAUACUGGAGAAAGACCAUUCAGUUGUGAGAAAUGUGGAAAGUCUUUUCGCCAGAGGAGUCAUUUAAAGGCUCACUUUCGGACACACGGUAACGUAGAAAAGCGUUUUUCUUGCAGAUUAUGCGAUAAAUCGUACUACACAAGGAGUGAAUUGAAAUUCCACAAUUUUGCACAUAAUGGGAUUAAACUUCAUGAAUGUGAAACUUGUGGGAAAAGGUUUACACUUCUAAGCAGAUUGACAUUGCAUAAAAAGAUACAUACUGGUGAAAAGCAAUUUAAAUGUGAUUUAUGCAAGAAAUGUUUUUAUCAGAGGUCAAAUUUAAAAACCCAUUUAAAGUUAAUGCACAAUAAUUUAAAACCGUUAAAAUGUGAUAGUUGUGAUCAGAGCUUCAAUGGAAAACAAGCAUUGGAAGUACAUUUUAACUCUGCUCAUUUGAUACAACUCUAUAUUUGUGACAAUUGCGGAACGUCAUUUUCAAAGAAAACGCUUCUCAUUAAACACGUAAAUAGAAAUAUUUGUGAAAUCUGCAGAAAGCACUGUUGUCGUAAAACAAAUUUAUUGGAACAUCUUGCAACUCACAAAACAAUACAAUCAUAAUUAAAUUCAACAUACUUCUUUAAGUUUGCUUGUAUGGGGGAAAAUAUAAGUCAAAUUUUAAAAUCUUUGGAGAGAACCAGGCUAAUUUUGAGAGCGAACCACGCUAAUUGUUGAUGUGUAAUAGUUUCAAAACUCCCAACUGCCCAAGUAACGGUACGUAAUGCUGCUCCUGGAAACCCCCCCCCACCCUUGCGGCAUUUGGUAAUUUAGAGACGAUCCCCAACUUAAAUUCUGUGAUUUGGAAAUCUAUUUAAACUGAGACGGACACAGCAUAUAUAACCUAAACAAUAAAUUACUUGGCUGCAUUUUUGUUUAUUUGCAGUUAAAUGGUGAUUACAAAUAAUAAGGAUUGUCAUGGCCAGACAAAAAUAGUGUGUUUUGAGUUCACAAUCACCUAAAUGUUGUUUCUACAAAGCCAAAUGUAAAAAAAUUAGAAUUGUUAAUAGAUACAGAAAAAGUAAACUUCCUUCUGACAUGGUGUCACUCAGAUAGUCCAGUGACUUUGAGGUUAAUUUGUAAGGUCUAUAAUUAAAAACAUUAUGUUUUCUUUAAGAAAACUUUUAAUAAAUGGAUUACUAAUGUCGAUGGUUUUAAAAGUACACGUAAUUCAUUUUAUUGUUUUUGAGUUUUACGACAGAGGAUAACUUCCCACUCCUGCCUGAAAAAAUUUUAAGAUACCAUUGAUGAAGAAGAAUGUCGGAUUUAUUUAAUGAAUAUAAUAUAUUACGUAACCCCGUAUUCUAAAAUUUACAUUUCACUAGAAUAGAACUCCUGAGUGACAAAUUUGGAGAUAUUUUGUUCACCUUUAUUAGUCAAUAGUCAAACCACUGUAUUCAAUUAUACAAGGAACAAAGAAUAGCGUCAUCACAAUAAAACUAAAUACUAAUAUUAAUUUUAAAAUGUAAAUACAAAAUGGUAACGUUAGUUCAUUCAAAUUAUAAAACUUUCAUCUUAACAAUUUAUCUUCAAUUCUUCUUGAAAUGAAUUGUAUAUAUAUGUAGACACUUAGCCUGAAUUUUCUUUUAAGAUUUUAUUUCAUGUUAGCUGUAGGAUGUAUAAAGCAUGUUUUAUUUUUUGUUAAGGCUAUGUUGUUUUAGUUAAUCCAUUUUGUUGUAUUUUCCGAUGAUUAUAAUGUAUUUAUUGUAUAUCAUGUAUAUUAUGUUAGUCAUAUAUGUAAUUCAAGUCAACGACACUAAACUUUUAUAUAUAUAUAUAUAUAUAUAUAUUACAUAUAUAUAUAUACAUAUUAUUACAUAUAUAUAUAUAUAUAUGUGUGUGUGUGUGUGUGUGUGUAUGGUGUUUCAAAAAGGACUCACAAAUUUGAGAAUUCAUAUAAAUUUAUUCAAAAAAGGUACAGUGCUGGUUUUAGUAUUAUUUUAAGGGAAACACAUCAAGUAUUUUAUACUUAAACUAAGGAUGUUCUAUGUGGCUUAACUUGCAGACAUCCCACCGGUAGUCGAUUUCUUCCCAAACUCACGUUAACAUUGCAGGUGUAAUUUGCUCAGCGGCAGCGUGUUUUCUUGUUCUUGAUCAUUCUCAUUGAUCUGCGGUAUUAAAAGUUGUUGCAACAUAUUCAGGUACACUACUCUAUUGAUUGUUCUUUCUUAGAAAAAGCGGGCCGUACAUUUUCUUCUUGCUUAAUGCUCAAAACAUGUUCAGGUUAAGGCUAUCUCGAGCAUGUUGCAUUGUUUUGUGUGGAUUUUCAUUGCCCCAAAUCCUACAGUUAUGUGAGUUAACGUUGCCACAUUUGUGAGAACACGAGUAAUCAGAAAAGAUUAUGUUGUCCAAGAUAUACUCAUCAUCAUCCAAUCGAUUUAACAUAUGAGCACAGAAGUUCUUCCGGGCAAUCUAAUCAUUGUCUUUAAUUGCUUGAAAAAACUACAAUCUGUACGGUUUCAAAAUUCAAACAUUUUUUCAUCACACGCCAAACCGUUGUAUAUGAGACUUGCAGCUCACAAGACGUGGAGUUGAUUUCGUCGGGUGUUGACAAAACUUUGUCUCACAUGCUCAACGGCUUCGUCAGAUGUGUGGACGACCUGAUGAUUUCUUAUGUUUUACUGACUACCCCGUUUCUACAAAACAUUUAUACCACUCAUAAAUUGUAGGCCAACUAGGAGGAUCUUUAGCGUACUUGACACAAAAAUUACACUGAACUGCUGUAACCGCCAUUGAUUCUUCAAACCAAAACACACAGCUAGCACACUCCAUUCCAGUAAAGGCACCCAUCUUUAAUAUAACUGCUGUUAUCACAUGUUGCGGUGAGAUUCUGCACUAGCGAACUAUGCGAGUCAAAAUUUAGUGUUGUUUGAAAGGAAAACACGUUUUAUGUGUUUCCCUUUAAACCACUAAAACCAGCUCUGUACAUUUUUUUUGAAUAAAUUUAUAUAGAUUUUCAAAGUUGUAAAGUCCUUUUUGAAACACCCUGUAUACAUAGAGAGAGUGAGUUCACUAAUGAGCUGUGUUAUACCUGCAAAAUAAUCCAUUACUCAAGAUUUUCAGACAAAAAAUGUCAUGAGCUUCUUAUUAACAGACUUUACUUACUCAUUGAUUGAGUUAAAUUAGUAAUUUAUUUCCUCAGUGAGGCCAUCUACGUACCUGGUUGUUGACUUAUAAUUUUAAUGCAUUUGCUUAAAUUACUAUUCAAGUUUUAUUGUCUCCUUUUAUUUAUUGGAUUGGGGUUAACUGUGUUAUCUAUUGAUUUACCAAUAGAACUAGAAACGUUAAGGCUAUCCGCCACUGUUAGGAAACAUACUCUACUUGUUUGUAAAUGUUAUUUAUAGAUUGUUUUAAACUUGUUUAUAUUCUUCUACAAUUUUAAAUGUUAUGUUAGGAUAAUACUGACAAUAUUGCCUGUUAAUUGAAGUUUUUUAUAAUGAUAUGUAUAUUUGCAAUAAUAAAAUAAUAUGAAACAGAA